GAUCUCUGAUGACAGGGACACUCAGUGCUCGAACGAAAGACAUUUAAUGUUCGUUUACCCACAAUCGUAUGUAGUAUCCGUUUUGUAGUAUCUCGCCCUUUUCGAUCUCGACUUUCGUAACUUAGUUACUUACUUUCGACUAGUUUUCUCUACUGCCGGCGUUACCUCUUGGGAAAUAAAUUCAUGGCAGGGACUAUUAUUAUGUUGUCUGUUCAUCCCUCACGGGGACUCGUGGACGAAAAGUUCCGAGUGGAGGUGGAGAAUCUCCCCCCUGCAUGCCCAGUGACUCUGCACUGUCUCCACCGCUCCGAGGACCAGGACCACUGGGAAGCCUUCGGGCAUUACUGCAGCGACCACAGCGGGACGGUGAAAGUGUCUGAAGAUGAAAGUUUCGGGGGAACUUACAGCGGAAGGGAAUGUAUGGGACUGCUGUGGAGUAUGCGACCCGUUCCAGGCAGUAGAAGCGGGCUUAGGUUGAGAAAGACGCACGUUGACGUCCCCAUGACGCUGCUAAUAUCGGUGUACAGAGGUCACCUGACCGCGGGCUUCAGAGAGCUGCCUCCCGUGGCCUCGGUGGUAGCGGAGAGAUGGUACAUGGCGCCCGGCGUCAAACGCAUCGCAGUCGAGGAGCGAGGAGUCGUUGGCACUUUCUUCAUUCCUCCGGGCCCCGGGCCCUUCCCCGGUGUGCUGGACAUGUGGGGUGGGGGAGGCGGACUGGUGGAGUACCGUUCAGCCCUGCUCGCGUCCCACGGUUUCGCGUCCAUGGCCCUCAAAUACAUCGACCCUGGGGACACUCCCACGGAUAUGGCGAUGGGCUACUUUGAGACAGCGUUUCAGAUCAUCCAAGACCACCCGCAGGUUAUCACCGACCGGGUGGGCAUUCUUGGCCUUUCCUUUGGCACUUCAGUGGCCCUGACUGUAGCCGCUUACUCCCAGAUCAGCAGACCUCGUUGCUGUGUUUGUAUCAGCGGCAGUCACGCCUACCCAAUAACCACACCCAAGGAUGUAUUAGCAGAGGCAAGGGUUAGGAACAAUGAGAAAGUUGGGAAGGAUGAAGAAAACAACGUGAUAUGGCGAAACCUAAUUCUACCGAUCCCCACGGACCCAGCCUUGAGAGUUGACGUGGGGAGAAUUGAGUGUCCGCUGCUGCUUGUCAACGGGGACGACGAUCAGAACUGGGCCACUACAGAGUCCGCAGAGGAUAUAGCCAAUAUGAUGUCUGUUGCUGGCAACAAACACCUUCUGACCACCCUGACGUACCCCAAAGCGGGUCAUCUUAUCGAGCCCCCCUUCACCCCACACAUCAGGGCCAGCAACUUCAUCGUUCAACAUACCAGAGAGAAAGUGAUAAUGCUGUGGGGAGGAGAGCCCAAAGGUCAUGCAGUUGCUCAAGAAGAUUCUUGGAAGAGGAUCUUAAACUUCUUGAAGGAGCAUCUGUGUAUCCAACCCACCCUGGCUCCCAAGGCCAAACUAUAAAUGUGUCACACACACGAGUUUUGUUUUUUUGACAUUAAAAUAUAUACACGUAUGAAGCACGAAAUGGUCAAGAUGUGAGCCCGAAACUAAUAAAAUUAAUCCAACUAUGGGCCAUAGAUAUCGUACACAACUCAUGAAAUAAAACAGUAACAUCCGGGUGGCGUGUAGACCAAACGUCCAGAUUGGUCGAUUUAAAUGCGCGCUUGUUACAUAUUGGUUAUCAGUCAAGCGUCUGCGUACUUUGAUUGUUCCAGGUAAAUGCAAAACAAAUGGCGACAAAAUAUGUUAAUAUUUUCUUUUCGUAAUAUGAUAUAAAUGUUAUUGAAAUCGUUCGAUAAGAUACAGUUUAAGAUAAGAUAAAGUUGAAUGAAAAUAGCAAGAAAAAAAAAAGUCUGUAAAUAAAUGUUUGUUAACAGAUUGAUCCAGCCCAGUAACAGUUUAAAGGGAAACUGUAAAAAAUGACUCCCCUCUAGUGGUACAAUUGUAUAUUGCAUUCAAACUAAUAGUGAUCGCUUGUUAAAAAACUACGGUGGGCAGUAAUUGCCAAGAAGCUGUGUCAUGACAUCCAAUACUACCUCAUCGAGUCAUUCGAGUGAUGAUGAGGUUUGUUAUUGCAAACAAAUUUCAAACUGCAUUGAAUCAUUAGUGUAAGCUAGUGAUGUACGAGUAAUUACUCCUCGAGCAAGAUAGUGAAUUAUUUCAGUCAUCAUUCACGCUGGCUCAGAAUGAAAACGCGUUUGCAUUUCCUGUAACACGUAGCGCUUUUGUCCCUCUCGGCAGUUCAUAGACCGGAAGAACAUGGAAGCCUCCAUGAAGCUUACCCGUCCUAUGUAACUACAUAUUAAUUAUUCUUCGCUCAGGAGGAUAAGUGUGAUUUUUGGCAGAGAUCAUUUUACACCAAUGAGGACUUAUUUAUAAAUGAAUACGUUGAUUUGAGGUAAUAAAUUACUUAAAAUAUUACACAGUGUCCCUUUAAGGUGCAAUGAGGUUGUAAUUCCAGCCAUAGAAAAGCAAAUAAGCAAAGUUUUUUUAUUGUUUACAUGUUAGAAAUGAAGACAAUCAAUCAAAACUUGAAAAUUAAAGAUAGAAAAAAAAAGGGCUAUUUAAAUUUUGAUAUUUUAAUAAACAAUCAAAUUGGCAUUGCUGGAAAUAUUAUUCCAGCCAUGACUACUAAAAUACAACAGAUUUUACAACAAAAUUCUAUGAACGAAAUUCAACGUGGAAGGAAACAAUCAAACCAAUGUAUAAUUCCAUACACAGUAUUUUUAUGCAAGUGAAAAAAAGA